AUGGACACCAAUCCUACUGCCACACUGAACAGGAUUAGGCCGGCAGAGAAAAUUAACGAAGGGUCGUUAUGUUUUUUUUUGCUUUCUUUCACCAGAUUGCUUUCUGAUACCAAACUCUCGUCUAUUCCAGCGAAUUCUUUUGCCAGCGUGGUCAACAUCUCAGGGAUAUACAUCUACGUGGAUAAGAAGCUGCAGCGCCUGGAGAGGCACUCGUUUUACAACCUGAGGAAAAUCACCCACAUAGAGAUUCGGAACACAAAAAUGUUGACGUAUGUCGAUCCAGAAGCCUUUAAGCAUCUCCCGAACCUCAAGUACCUGGGGAUUUUGAAUACUGGCCUGACUUUCUUCCCUGCUUUAAACAACAUCCACUCAAACGACAUGAACUUCAUACUGGAAAUUGUUAAUCAUCCCUCCAUUACCGAGAUCCCGGCCAACUCAUUCCAGGGCAUCACGAGCGAGUUUCUGACAGUAAUGCUGUAUGGAAAUGGCUUCAGAGAGAUACGACAUCACGCCUUUAACGGGACAAAGCUGGAUCAAGUCGACCUACACAGAAACGUGUUUUUGACCAGGAUGGACGGCCGGGCUUUUGCAGGAACCAUCAGUGGCCCGACACUUCUAGACGUCUCCCAGACAAGAAUCACAUCGCUGCCCUCCACAGGCAUGGGCUCCCUGCGGAAGCUGAAGGCGCGCGACACCUGGUCCCUCAAGAAGCUGCCGCCCAUCAAGGCCUUCAAGCACCUCAUCACGGCUGAUCUCACCUACCCGAGCCACUGCUGCGGCUUCAAAAACCUCAAAAAGAAACGAGGCUUUUUGGAGUACAUCAUCUGUAACCUAACCGCUUUCUAUGACCACUACCACAAGCGGUCUGUGGGACCCCUUGACACGCCAACUCUUCAAGGAGACGGAGUCGUGGAAACGCUUCCAGAGCAUGAGCAGAGAAACGAAGGUCAUGAAGAGCCGCAGCAGGACCAGAGGAGAGGAGACUUCCAUGGCAACCUUUACUACCACGCCUACUUUGGAGGCCAGCCAGACGAGGAAGUGGGCUUUGGAGAGACCCUCAAGAACCCCCAGGAGGACAACAGCCAAGACUUUGACAGUCGUUAUGAUUAUGUGGUGUGCGAGGAAGGAGGGGAAGUGGAGUGUGCACCGGUGCCCGACGAGUUUAAUCCCUGUGAGGACAUUAUGGGCUUUGGCUUCCUUCGGGUGUCCGUGUGGUUCGUGAGCUUGCUAGCUGUUUUGGGGAAUGUGGUGGUGCUCCUGGUGCUGCUCACCAGCCACUACAAGCUCUCAGUCUCUCGCUUCCUCAUGUGCCACCUGGCCUUCGCCGAUCUUUGCAUGGGGAUUUACCUGCUGCUCAUCGCCUCUGUGGACCUCCACACCCGCUCUGAGUACUUCAACCACGCCAUCGACUGGCAGACAGGCCCCAGUUGUGGACUUGCUGGGUUCUUCACAGUCUUCGCCAGCGAGCUGUCCGUUUACACGCUGACAGUGAUCACUCUAGAGAGGUGGUACGCCAUCACCUUCGCCAUGCGGCUGGACCGCAAACUCCGUCUACACCACGCAGCGGCCGUAAUGGUGGCUGGCUGGGUCCUCUGCCUCCUUCUUGCUCUGCUGCCACUGGUUGGAGUGAGCAGUUACCAGAAGGUCAGCAUCUGCCUCCCAAUGGACACUCAGUCCACUGCAGCUCAGGUCUACGUCUUGCUGGUGUUGGUCCUAAACAUUCUGGCUUUCUUUGUCAUCUGUGCCUGCUACUUUAAGAUCUACUGCACAGUCCACAACCCCCAGUACCACUCUGGAUCCAAGGACACCAACAUUGCCAAGCGCAUGGCUAUCCUCAUCUUCACUGACUUCUUAUGCAUGGCUCCCAUUUCCUUCUACGCCAUGUCGGCUGCUCUGAACCGACCUCUUAUCACCGUUUCCAACUCCAAGAUCUUAUUGGUGCUCUUUUACCCGCUCAACUCCUGUGCCAAUCCAUUCUUGUAUGCCAUAUUCACAAAGGCCUUCAGAGGGGACAUAUUCAUUCUCCUCAGCAAGGUAGGACUGUGUCAGCAGCAGGCACAGCUGUUUAGAGGCCAGACCGUCUCAUCGAAGGGCAGCAGUGGGAUUUCUCAGGUGCGGAGGGAAAAGGUUAGGAAAGGCGGAAGCCUUGGACAAGAAGAGAUACCCAUCAACCUGAAGAGCCUCUCCAGACAAACCUAUCACCCAGGAAUCAAACCUGACAAUAACCAAGACCUGGACACGUGAGCUGACCAUCAGCUUGAGGAAGAAAAGCCAAGAAAGGUUCAUUUUGUUGAAGCCUUGAAAUAGUUCUGGACAGAUCUGUUAAAGUAUUAAACAGAAAGCUCCGUAA